UGCAUUUUGAGGAAAAUGGCUUACACACAAAGUUUCUUGCAGUUCCGUGCCCUAACCACUCCCCUUAGGGUUCCGACAAAAUGGGAAGUGAUGGGGACCAACAAACGAAACCACAUUGUUUGCAAGGCAGUGAAAGAGGAUGUCGAAGACAGUGAUGCCACCAACGUUAGCCUUGUCUCUCGCAGAUUGGCCCUCGGCACUGCCCUCAUCGGUGGUGCUGCUGCUGCUGGCACUAAGGCCUCACCUGCUCGAGCUGUUGAUGCAACACUCUCUCUCCAGGAGCCUCCAGCUACCACAUUACCUGCAUCGAUUGUGGAAGUUCUUCCUCUCAAUCGAACCAGUUUCCCCGAGGGCUUCGUUUUCGGGACAGCAUCCGCAGCUUACCAGUACGAAGGAGCGGCAUUUGAUUAUGGAAGAAAACCUAGUGUAUGGGAUAACUUCACCCAUAAAUAUCCAGAGAAGAUAAACGAUAGAAGCAAUGGAGAUGUAGCAGUUGACGAAUAUCAUCGUUAUAAGGAAGAUAUUCAGAUAAUGAAGGAUAUGAAUCUGGAUGCAUACAGAUUCUCCAUUUCUUGGUCUAGAAUCCUACCAAAUGGAAAGGUCGGUGAAAACGAGGAGGGUGUAAACCAAGAAGGAAUCGCUUAUUACAAUCGCCUCAUAGAUCAUCUGAAAGACAACGAUAUAGAACCAUAUGUGACACUUUUUCACUGGGAUUUUCCCCAAGCUUUAGAAGAAGAAUAUGGAGGUUUCUUAAAUCCUCGCGUUGUAGAUGAUUUUCGAAACUACGCAAACAUUUGUUUCAAAUACUUUGGAAACAGAGUGAAACAUUGGAUCACUCUAAAUGAGCCAUGGGCUUACAGUAGGGAAGGUUAUUCAGUUGGGAUGUUUGCACCAGGUCGAUGCUCUGAAACGGUAGAUUCAACUUGUCUCGGAGGUGAUUCAGGAACAGAACCUUAUAUUGUUACACAUCAUCUACUGCUUGCUCAUGCAGCUGCUGUAGAUCUGUACAAGAAACAGUACAAGGAUGAUCAAAAGGGAGAGAUAGGCAUAACACUUAUUUCUCGUUGGUUUGAGCCAUAUUCAAAUACCGAAGCAGAUAAAAAAGCUGCUGAACGAGCACUUGAUUUCUUGUUUGGAUGGUACAUGCAGCCAUUGACAUCAGGAAAAUACCCAGAGAGCAUGCGUUCUUUAGUUGGAAGAAGAUUGCCAGAAUUCACAGCAGAAGAAUCAAGACUUCUGGCUGGUUCAUUUGAUUUUCUAGGGUUAAACUAUUACACCACUAAUUAUGCUGCUGAUCAACCUUCAUCGAAUCUCAACCCUAGUUAUGAGACAGAUGCCAAUGUCAAUUAUUUAACUGAACGCAAUGGUAUUCCAGUUGGUACACCGACGGCUUCUAAUUGGUUAUUUGUAUGCCCCAAAGGAUUUAAAGACUUGUUGCUUUAUGUUAAAGAAAAGUACAACAAUCCCUUAAUUUACAUUACUGAAAAUGGUAGGGGAAAUGAUGUGAAUGAUGAAGGACAAACACGCGAAGAAGCUCUACUAGAUAUUUAUAGAAUCGAUUACUAUUAUCGUCAUUUGUAUUAUCUACGUUCAGCAAUGAGUGAGGAAGUAAACGUAAAAGGAUAUUUUGCGUGGUCACUAUUGGACAAUUUUGAAUGGAAGAAUGGUUAUUUAGUUGGAUUCGGACUAAACUAUGUUGACAGAAACGAUGACUUGAAGCGAUAUGCCAAACUCUCAGCACGAUGGUUUAAGAGUUUUCUUCAAAGGCCAGAUCCAAAUCCAAAUUAUGAAGGAUAAUAGCAUCUGUAGCAGACAUAUGUUACAGUCUGAAACUCUCUUAUGUCAUGUUGCUUAUUUAAUAAAUUUCAAUAAAUGGGUGUGCCGUUAAACUUUUUAUAAUGAAAUGUACCUUUCAAUAAUUUUAGUAAUAAAUU